AUGGAAGCCUUUCAGUCCUUCAAGGGUUACGGCAAGUUCGAUCAUGCUAAUUACUCCAACGAAGAUGAUCAAGCUUUCCGUCGCACAUCACGUAAGCGGAUCAUGAUUAUAAUCGUCUCAACCGUCCUCCUCGUUGCUGUUAUCAUUGGUGCUGUUGCUGGAACCGUGAUCCACAAGCAACGUAACGAUGAUGAUAAACACGGGGACACUCAACAAGUAGUGUCAUCGGCUCAAUCCAUAAAAGCCGUGUGUAGCCAGACUCGGUAUCCAGAUUCGUGUUCCUCCAGCCUAACAGCGAUGGAUACAUCCAAAAACACGACCGACCCGGAGGAAUUGUUCAAACUUUCGUUACAAGUGGCGUUGAGUUCCCUGACCGCCUUGUUAAUGUCAGCAUCCUUGCCAGAGGCUUCAAUGAUCAACAGCGAUAAGGAAGCACUGAAAGUAUGCCGGGAAGUGUUCCAAGAUGCAGUUGAUAACCUCCAGGAUUCCCUUUCUUCCAUGGAUCAUCAGGGUACUAAUACUAAUAAUUAUUUGUUGUUAUCACCAGGGAAGAUUGAUGACUUGAGAACAUGGCUAAGCGCGGCCCUGACCAACCAAGAAACUUGUUUAGAUACCCUCCAAGAAAUGAAUGCGACACCAUCCCUUGCCCUACAUAUCAAGUCUCAAAUCCACAACUCCACCCAGUACACAAGCAACAGUUUGGCCAUCGUCACUAAAAUACUCACCAUUCUUGAUAUCCCCAUCCAUGGAAGAAGAAGAAAGUUAUUGGGUACUACCACUAAAAAUGGGCUGAUCCCCCCAAGAUGGGUUGACCGGCCGAGGAGGUUGCUUCUAGCUGUUCAAGUCGAUGAUCGGCCUGCUCCAAACGUGACCGUGGCCACGGACGGAAGCGGAGAUGUUACCACGAUUAAUGGGGCCAUGGAAAUGGUCCCCCAAAAGAGCAACACCAGGUUUGUUAUUUACGUCAAGGAAGGGGAGUAUUUGGAGAACGUGGUUGUCAACAAAUCGUUAUGGAAUGUCAUGGUUUACGGCGAUGGCAUGGAUAAGUCCAUUGUUUCCGGCAGCUUAAAUAAAGUUGAUGGCGUCGCCACUUUUUUCACUGCCACUUUCGGUGUAUCGGGGAAAGGGUUCAUAGCGAUGGAUAUGGGGUUCAAGAACACUGCCGGUGCAAUCAAAGAACAGGCGGUGGCGAUGAGAUCAAGUUCAGAUCUUUCAGUGUUCUACAGAUGUUCCUUCGAUGCGUUUCAAGACACCCUGUAUCCUCAUAGCAAGCGCCAGUUUUACCGCGACUGUAACAUCACCGGCACCGUCGAUUUCAUAUUUGGGGAUUCCUCUGUUGUGUUGCAGAACUGUAUGAUCAUGCCACGCCAGCCCCUGCCCAAACAGUUUGUAACAAUCACAGCCCAAGGAAAGAAAGACGAAAAUGAGAACACGGGCAUCUCCAUCCAGAAAUGUGAGCUGACCCCUUUGGACAAUCUUACAGCCCCGACGUACCUGGGCAGGCCAUGGAAGGAUCAUUCAACUACUGUCAUUAUGCAGUCGAGAAUCGGAGGCGGGUUCUUGAACCCGUUGGGUUGGGCAGAGUGGGAUCAGGGCGUGGAGCCACCAGCGUCUAUAUUCUAUGCAGAGCACCACAACACUGGGCCGGGAUCCGCUGUUGAUAAGCGAGUCAACUGGGCAGGUUAUAAGCCAAGUCUAACCAACGCAGAGGCAGCUAGAUUCAAUGUGAGGUCUUUCAUAGGUGGCUCAGCGUGGUUACCCCAGACAGAUGUUACGUUUGACUCAACCUAA